CUCUGCACGGAGCCGGAGCCCGAGUCCGAUCCCGAGCCGGAGUCGGGCUGAGGCUGCGGCGGAGGCGGCCCCGCCCCAGGGCUCCAUUGUUGCGGCGGCCGCGGCUCCUCCAGGUGCUAGGCUCUGUUUCGUUCGGCCCCGAGCGAGUGCCGCCGAGGCGGUGGCCUGAGAUUCUUCUGAAAUUCUUUCUUUGGUGAGGAUCGUCAGAAGGAGGCACAGGAUUUGCUCUCAAAGAGUGGUUUGGUUUCCUGAGCAACUACAGGUGGACCCUGGGUGCUCCAUCCUUGACCCUGGAGGAGGCGUGUGAGGAAGACCAUUCCGCACAGACCAGGACACUCCUGCCUGGCCGUCAGGGCACCCGGCUCCCAGUUCAAGCCUUUAUACUAAAUCCCGUGUACAUUCUGCAGCAAUGGAAGAGUUAAUCGUGGAACUCCGUCUCUUUCUUGAGCUCCUGGACCACGAAUACCUAACAUCAACCGUCAGGGAGAAGAAGGCAGUGAUCACAGACAUCCUGCUGAGGAUACAAUCGUCCAAAGGUUUCGACGUGAAGGACCAUGCUCAGAGACAAGAGACCCCCAACAGCCUGCCAGCGCCUCCCCAGAUGCCUUUGCCGGAGAUCCCCCAGCCGUGGCUGCCACCUGACAGUGGACCGCCACCACUCCCGACGUCCUCUCUCCCGGAAGGUUACUACGAGGAAGCCGUGCCACUGAGCCCAGGGAAAGCUCCAGAAUACAUCACGUCAAAUUAUGACUCAGAUGCCAUGAGCAGCUCUUACGAGUCUUAUGAUGAGGAGGAGGAGGAUGGAAAGGGCAAGAAGACGCGGCACCAGUGGCCAUCCGAGGAGGCCUCCAUGGACCUGGUGAAGGACGCAAAGAUCUGUGCAUUCCUGCUGAGGAAGAAGCGCUUUGGCCAGUGGAGCAAGCUGCUGUGUGUGGUCAAGGACGCCAGGCUGCUGUGCUACAAAAGCUCCAAGGACCAGCAGCCCCAGAUGGAACUGCCCCUCCAAGGCUGCAACAUCACUUACACCCCGAAGGACAGCAAGAAGAAGAAGCACGAGCUGAAAAUCACCCAGCAAGGCACGGACCCACUGGUUCUUGCAGUCCAGAGCAAGGAGCAGGCCGAGCAAUGGCUGAAGGUGAUCCGAGACGUCUACAGCGGCUGCAGCGGGCAGGCGGAGUCAGAAGGCCCUCCCCCGUCGAGCUCCCCGGUGCACAAGAUAGAGCUGGAGAAGAAGCUGUCUUCUGAGAGACCCAGCUCGGAUGGGGAGGGUGUCAUGGAGAACGGAGUCACCGUGUGUGAAGGAAAAGAACAAGUCAAGAGGAAAAAAAGUUCCAAAUCAGAGGCCAAGGGCACUGUGUCCAAAGUCACUGGGAAGAAGAUCACCAAGAUCAUCGGCCUGGGGAAGAAAAAGCCCUCGACGGAUGAGCAGACUUCGUCUGCGGAGGAGGAUGUCCCCACCUGCGGCUAUCUCAACGUGCUCUCCAACAGCCGCUGGCGGGAGCGCUGGUGCCGAGUCAAGGAUAACAGACUCAUCUUCCACAAGGACAGGACCGAUCUCAAGACCCACAUCGUGUCUGUUCCUCUCCGAGGCUGUGACGUGAUCCCGGGCUUGGACUCCAAGCAUCCCCUGACCUUCCGACUGCUUCGCAAUGGGCAAGAGGUGGCCGUGCUGGAGGCCUCCUCUUCGGAGGACAUGGGCAGGUGGAUUGGGAUUUUGCUGGCUGAGACGGGGUCCUCCACAGACCCCGGGGCCCUGCACUACGACUACAUCGACGUGGAGACGUCUGCAAAUGUCAUCCAGACGGCCAAACAGACCUUCUGUUUCAUGAACAGGCGUGGCAUCUCUGCCAACCCGUACCUGGGGAGCACCGCCAACGGCUACGCGCACCCCAGCGGCACGGCCCUGCAUUACGACGACGUCCCGUGCAUUAACGGCUCGUGGGACCCCGAAGACGGCCCUCCUGCUUCCGGUGCCAGGGGCCUGGGAGAAGAGGUGCUCUAUGAUAACGCGGUCCUGUAUGAUAACUUGCCGUCUCCGAAAAUCUUUGCGCGCUACCCGCCUGCUGACAGAAAGGCUUCUAGGCCGCCUCCCGACAAACUGUCCUGUAACCAUUACAAAUACCCUCCCUCCUGCAGUCUGCCUCCCACUAACCCCUCAUCUCUGGGGAGGGCGUCUCUCGGGCUCAGCACUCAGUUGAAGGGUAAAAAGCCCCCAGUGGCCUCCAAUGGGGUUAUGGGAAAAGGGAAGAUCCCAAGCAACCAGCAAAAAAAGGUGGAUUCCGUAGCCGGUGUGAAGCGAACAUCUUCAAAUGCUGACCAGUACAAAUAUGGCAAGAACCGGGUCGAAGCCGAUGCCAAGCGGUUGCAGAGCAAAGAGGAGGAGCUGCUGAAGCGGAAGGAGACCCUGCGGAACCGGCUGGCCCAGCUCCGGAAAGAGAGGCGGGACCUGCGGGCCGCCAUCGAAGUGAACGCUGGCAGGAAGACCCAGCUGGUUCUGGAGGACAAGCUGAGGCGGCUGGAGGAGGAGUGUAAGCAGAAGGAGGCCGAGCGAGUCAACCUGGAGCUGGAGCUCACGGAGGUCACGGAGAGCCUGAAGAAGGCCCUGGCUGGCGGGGUCACCCUGGGGCUGGCCAUCGAGCCCAGGUCGGGGACAUCGAGCCCGCAGUCUCCAGUUUUUAGGCAUCGCACUCUGGAGAGCUCGCCCAUGUCUAGCUGUGAGACCAGCGACGCCGAGGGCCCCAUGCCGGUGAACAGUGCGGCCGUGUUGAGGAAGAGCCAGCCGGCAGGCAGCUCCCCCUGCCGGGGACAUGUGUUGCGGAAGGCAAAGGAAUGGGAGCUGAAGAAUGGGACGUAGAGGGACGGCUGGAUGCCUCGCUCGCAGGUGCUGUCCCGCCGCCGCAGGAAGCCCCGCCUGCGUGGCCACCGCUCCGGACGCCAGGGCCAGUGGCCGAGCCCCCAUGCCACCAGCUCCCAGACCCGCCCGCGCGUCCUCUCCUACUGUACUUGUCUCUGUAAAGAAAUUCACCUGUGACACCGGGGUCUCCACCUCUCUCUGUUGAAGAGCAGAAAGGGAGGUAGAGGAGUCCCGGGGCCGAUGGGAAGCUGCGUCUUUUUACCGAGCUCAGCGGGUGCUCUCCCCAUGUGCCCCGCACUCGGACUGCAGGUGGCUCCGCGGACGCCCCUCGCGGGGGAGCAGUGCGUCCUCCUUGUGUCUCGGCGUCCCCUCCCCACGUGCCCGACCCGUCCCCCACGUCACUUGAGGCGGGUGCGUGGGAAACCCAUGCUGUGAAGCGUCUGUUAUCUUUUAACUGUCUCUUCUCUGGACAAAUGCUUUUGUCGCCACGAUGCGAAAAGCUGCCAUUCUUUUUAAACUUUUUAAAAAUGUCUCUUUUUAUCAUGUGUUGCACUUAGCUCUAAGGGAUUUUCAGAGGUUCUGUAGCCUAUUUUAUUAAUUAUUUGUACUGCUUUUGAAAGGCGGCGGAGCGUCUCUGCUGCUUCACUGAUGUGUGUCCCCACCCUCCGUCCCCAGUGUCCCUGACCCCAUGUGCCCCUCAGAGCCUACAGGCAACACGCAGAACCCCGAGCAGCCUCCCUAGAUGGUGGUGGGACUUCAUUUCCCCAAGAGGGAAGCAGGUUCUGGAAGUCACUGGGCCAUAGAAUCGUGGCAUCUCGAGUAGAACGACAGCUUCCAGUCCCUCCCCCGGCCGUUGCCCCCCCCACCUGCAAACCCAAGCCCAGAGCGUGGUUGCCCCUGGGUGGCUCCCAGGCCUGAGGGCCAAGGCCAGGUCUCUGCACCUGUGUAGCCUGAGACCCACCCAACUCUGCUGGGCCUCCAGAGAGACCCUCUCAGGGAUCCUCAGUUCCAGGGACGGGCAGAGUCAGUCACGCUGGGGUCCCUCUACAGAUGGAUUCAGGGGCACACAUGGGUGCUUUCUGCUGAGAGCAAGCCUCGCAUCCAUACCAACCUUAGGGAUAGAAGGCAAGAAACGGUCUCCAUGUUUUCCCCUACACCCCCGGCACACCUCCAGCGUCCCUCCAGGGCUUGGCCACACUCACGCAGACCUUCCUUCUGCAUGGAGUCAGGCGAGCACAGGGCCCUCAUGGCCCCGUGAGAUUUUGGCUGGAGAGCAAGUGAGCGGCCUCCUGGGCAGGAGACAGUUUCCAACAGGGAGCGGGGGCUGCUGUGGAGCUCAGAGGAGAUGCGGGCCCCCUCCUGUCUGAGCACCCCCAAGAAAUCGAGGGAGGAUGUCCCCCAAAGCCUCCGGGUCCAUCUUCCCAGCACUGUUGGGAGGAACCCUGUCCUGUUUGUCUGCAUGGGAAGCUGGGCCGCCCUGCACUCUACAAAGCUGAUUUUCUGUAAAACGAAAAGGUUUUAUCCCCCGUAGACUUUUGCUGCCUUCCAGUCAAAGAAGGGUUUCUCAAACUAAGGCUCUUGGGCCUCCCUGCUUGUCAGCCAACUCAGUCCAAGCCGCUGACAGUUUCCAACCGUCAGGAGGAAAAAGCGUGAGCUGCCCGUGCCCCUGCCAGGGAGACCCUAGGCAGCACAGGGACCCCACCCCCUGGGUUUGCCUGAGGACACAGCCCGUCGAAGUGGGAGCCGGGAUUUGGACCCUGGGCUCAGACUCCGGCGUGUGCAUUCCGUGUCUGCAGAACCCAGGUUUCACACUCCCUUUCCUCACCAUCAGCCCUGUAAAGAGGACGGCAAGCUUAGACGGAUCCUGCUGGUUCCCUGGAGCCAUUGGCAGCAGGUCACACAGAGGCCAAGGCCGCGGCAGCUCCCAUGGGCUCCUGCCAUAUUGCGUGUUCCCCCAGUGUCUUUACGUUUGAUCAGAAAGUUAGGUGAAGGGAUUUGCUUCCAAAUAAGUUAUUUAUUUGUAUAUGUUCAAUAAAUAGAGUUUUUAAUUUAUAUCUGUACAUACUAGACACACAUGAGAUGUCUUGUCAGGAUUUAGGCGGUGAGGUCAUGUUAGGGCCCUCCCCGAGUCCCUGGCCGGCGGCCACCAGAUGAGGCACGGAGCAGGCUGGCCACGGGAGGCUUGCCCCUCCGGGAGAAGUCCCGUUCCCUUCGAGGUGUCACCUGUUCACCGAGCGCUGCCCAGACCGUGACAGGAUCCUGACCCAAAGUGGAGAAGCGCGGCAGCUUGUGCCCAUGGGGCCACCUCUGGGGUUCACAGCGGCUCCCUGCCCCCACCCCCCGCAGCCCCACCGUCAGCCUUGGGGCUCGGCCCCCGGCUCUGUUUUGGUCAGGUGUCUUCAGCCUUUAAAUCCCCUCCAGUUUUGUGUGUUUAUAACUCACUGACCUUUUGCACAGAAACAAAAUGGUGGUUGUGGGCGCACUGUGUCACCUGUGACGUAGGAUGGGUGGGAAUGGUCACUUUUCCCCUCUUUGGAGUCAGUGGGGGAAGGGGCAAUUCCCUCUGUGGAAGUCAGAGCAGUUAGCCCCGCCCUCACCGGGCUUCCGGAUGGUUCCACGGCCUGGUACCCAGUGCGGGUCUGGGGAAGGGUCCAGAUGGGCGUGGAUCUUUCUGGAAUCUUCUCUGAGUGCCCGUGCAUAGCCGUGGCAUAAAGCUGUCCUGUCAUCCGUUCGCAUACCUCCGCGUUGCCAAACCUCACCGUCAUCCUCGUUCCCUUCAACUGUCUGAGAUCCAGAAACCCCAAGCCACUCAGGUUGGAGAUGUGCCACCUUCUGCAAAGUCAGUGUGUGCUUUCAGCCCCGAGGGCUGCCCCCAGAAAGGAGACCCAGCCCCAUUUUCACAGCGGCAACAACCGCGAACGCAUGUGCAGGUUUGCACGGGGACAGGCGUGAGUCUGGGGACUGCAGAGGGACGCAGCCUUAUAGCAGGCGGUGGGUGCCCUGGGUUCUCUGGCCCAGCUGUGCGACAGGACCUCCGGAGGGUGGCCAGUGAGGUGGGUGCCCAGAGUGGGGCCUCUGGUGCCAGAAAAGACCCCUGCAGCCAGCCCCAGGGCCCCUUCAAGGCGGCCUCUCCCAGGGGAAGGCUGUCAUCUCCACCACCCCACCCCCCACCCCACCCACCUGGCUCUCUCAGAUGUUAAACUGUUGCCUUCCUCAUUUUGUCUUUUUCUAAAAUAAAUUUUUAACGGGAAAUUUUUCAAAUCUGUGGCUUCAUGUUAAAGAGAGUAAUUCCUUAUUUUGUUCCUGUUGUCACUGCUGGUUCUUCACCAUCCCCAUAACGGGCUGGGUCCACACUGUGAAUACCUGAAGGUGAACUUCACCUUGUGUCCCUUGGCGGGCACAGCCUCUCCCGCCAGCACCCUCUGCAGGAAGCUCGUCUCCCUCGAGGCCAGCGCUACAGGGGCGCCCAAACUUCAUCUGGCCCCUCUUCCUGGAGCAGUGCCGGGAUCAGUGCUGGGAACAGGGAGGGAACAGCGCCGGCUGCCUCCCUCCCGCCGCUGGCAAGUAUCACUGGGUGUCCCUGGUUUUGGCCAGGGAAGGCGUUUCCAACAUGGGAUCAUCAGAUCGCGAUUCUUAGGGACCAAAGGUGUUUUUAAUAAGAUAAUCUUUCUAUUUGAUUUUCUAAUAAGAAAGGAAAUAGUGACUUUAAAUUCUAACACCAACUUUUAAAUCAUAGAUAUUUAGCAUUCACUGACCACGGCUUUAAGUUGUAAAAUGAUUUCAUAUGAAGAUUGUAAUUAUUUCCUUACUGUAUUUUUUAAAAACUAAAGUCGUAUUUAAAAUUCUCUUUGAACGAAACCAGCAAGAAACAGCAAAGAUUUUUUUUUAAUUAAAUAUGUUAGCGGUGCCCGUUUCAAAGGACUGUAAAUAUGUUUUCACUGUGUUUAUCAACGUAUUUAAUUCAUCAAGGACUUUUAUCAAAGGAAACUUCCAACGGAAAUACCAGUUGUCAGGCCGUCUGCUCCAUGUUGUAGUCCCCUCCCCUGAAUUUUCUGCUUUACUAACGGAUUUUUCUACUGUUGGAAGGGGUGUAGCCCACAGACUGGCGCCCUCCGGCGUGCCUCGUUGGUGUGUUAUCAAUAAAGCUUUAUGCUUCCA